AUGGGAUCGAGUCGAUCCCGGGGCGGCAGCCGCAAGUCCCAGAAGUUCAAAAAGGCUUCGCGCGAGGAGGCCGAGGCGCACACUGCAGCCACGCACAAGUCCGCAGCGACACUCAGCAGCAGCAGCAGCAGCAGCAGCAGCAGCAGCACGGGGGUAGCAGCAGCAGCAGCGGAGCUGCAGCGACGCACGGAGCGGCAGCAACAGCCCCAGCAGCAAAGUAGGCAGCAUCAACAGCAGCAACAGCGCCAGAAGCAGCAGCAGCAGCACCAGAAGCAGCAGCAGCAGCACCACAAGCAGCAGCAGCAGCAGCAGCAGCAGCAGCAGCAGCAGCAGCAGCAGCAGCAGCAGCAGCAGCAGCAGCAGCUGACCGUAAGGGCCAAUGACGUUGAGGGAGUCCAGAGGCCCCUUCUGCGCCUGCCAGGAAAGGACCUCCUGGCCCACUCUGGGGUCGAGGAGGCGAAGGCAGCCGCUGCUGCUGCCAACAGCAACGAGGCCCUGGGCCUCGAGCCAGGCCAGGCUGCUGCAGCUGCUGCUGCUGCUGCUGCUGCUGCUGCUGCUGCUGCUGCUGCGGGGCAGCAGCGCGGAGCGGAUGCGCAGCCCCUCCAAGUCGAGCAGCAGCACCUCCCCGGAGAGCGCUGCUGCUGCAGCAAGGGCUGGCUCUCUGGGGUGUAUCUGCAGACACCCCACAACCCCACAGGGGGCCCCCAACUCAAAUGCAUGCGCAGCAACAAAGACCCCGGGGGCCCCCGAGUCCCCAGUGACUAG